CUGUACCUCGAACAGUCCACGAGAAGGAUUCACAUGGAAUCACGCAUCACGCGCGGCGCGACCCGAAGGAUAACUCGCUUCGCUUUGUCGCAAAUCUCACACUCGACUUAUAUAUACAUAGUCACACUUUUCGUUUGAUCCUGUUUAGCGAGACAUCCGACGCACUUUAUCUUGGCGACCGAGGACCAUUUCCCCCAGAUUGCGCGAGAGUGACCGUGAAUGCAUUCGAGAGCGAGUCAGCGAAUCGUCGAGGUUAGGCGGGCGAUCGCAUCGGGAGAGCGCGCGGUCGUUGGUCUCGCUGACGAUUCGUGAUCUCGCAGGCGCAAAGUCGUUCGUGAGUCAUCGCACGGGGACUCCACGUCGACGAGGGACGCAUGUGAAGGCUGCUCUCACGGAUUGUCGAUCGCCCUCGCACACCGUUCACGACCACAUCGCGAGCCCCUGAGCUUCCUCAUGCGACCGCUCGGAUUAUGACACCGAUGGAUUCCGACUCGGAGAGCCAAGACAGCGAUGAGGGCCGGCGGUUUCGCUUCGAGGCUACGCGCAAGGACCCGGUCGCGCCCGUGGACACGACCAGCCGGACGACAAAGUCGCCGAAGAAGAAGUCGAAGCACAAGUCGUCGCAACGCGACGACAGCAGCAGCAGGCAUUAUCGCGAGCGGAAGGAGCGCUCCAAGUACGAGAGCACCAGGAAGACUGACGACAAGGAUCUCAGGCACUUGAUCAAGCACACGAAGUCGCAGCACGAGUCGCGGAGUGGCUCGCGGCAAGAGGACUCGGGCGGUAAGAAUUUACACAGGGACGCGUCCACCGGGAACGACCGUGGCCCCAGGCACUGCUGUGGCGGCGGCGGCGGGGACACCAGGGAGAGGUCGCGGGAUUCGAAACGACAGUCGGACAGGGAUCGGAGCGUCCAUCGAGUGCAACGAUCGCGUGAACACUCGUACGAGAAGAACCAGGACGAACUGCUGCGAGGCUCGUCGUCGUCGGGCGACAAGCACCGGGCUCGCGACAGGCACAAGCAUCGUUCGCGAGACAGGAGCCGAGAACGGUCUCAUCAGUCGAGCAAGCUCAAGUCCUCGAGCGGCGAGCGGUCUCGAGAAGACCACGGUAAGACCACGGACUCCGCGAGGAAGUUGUCGGUGAAGGAGAACAAGUCGCAGAAUUCCAAGGACUACUCGUCCAAGAGCGUCGAGCGGGCGUGUAGCCGGAGCUCGGAGAGUCGUUCGACGCUCAUUCGUCUCGACGCGAGCGAGGACAUGAAGAAAGAGUCGCCGUCGGACGUUCAAGACUGCAGGGAGCUGGACCUGUCGCAGUUCGACGUGCUGUCUGAGACCGACGAGAACACGUCCGACGCCCCGGACUCGCGGUGCCGCGCCUUGCCGUUGCGUCACCGUGAGAGCAAACCGAUGCGAGAGCACGACUCUGCUGGAGAUCGCUCCGAGAGUCGCGAGCCGCCGAAGAAGCGAGCGCGAGCGGAAGAGCGGCAGGAGAGGCACCAGGUAAAAAUGAGGAACCACGACGAGGACGGCGACGACGACGACAAGGACUGCGGCGAUCCGGCGUCCGGGCCGAGUAAUAAUAAUCAUAGUGCCGUUUCAGAUUCCUCACUAGUCCCGUUCGAGACGAUAGCCGAGAAAUCGGGAGACACGCGCGCGGACUACUCCGCGAGAGAGAGGCUCGAGCGCCGCUCGAGACAGGAAAGAACGACGCUCGCUGACAACAACAGCGACGCGGAACGUUCAAGCUCGAGAGAGAGACGCUCGCGACACCCCGCUGCCGUCUCGGAUGAAACGCGAUCUCUCGAGAGAGGCGCGAAGCGAAGUAGCUCGAUAUACGGUCCGCUGCCGAUACCGGAAAUAACGCUUGACGACGAGCAACUCGAGACGUCGUCCUCGAGGCGUGUCGACAGCAAUCACCAUCGCAAGUCGCGGAGGAACACGACGUCGAUCGUCGACGAUAACCACGACGGUGUGGUGGAUAACGGCGAGAGGAGGGUUCUCGUCGGACCUUGCUUACCGCCGAGCGACAAGACGAAGAGUGCCGUCGAGUCUCGAGCGGAUGAUCCGAAAGAAGCCGCGGAGGACGUGGUGGACAUGGCUUUCGGGCCAGCACUGCCACCGCAUCUGUUACAACGAACGUGCGACAAGUCGCCUGAGAAGAUUAUCGGGCCCGUGCUGCCCGACAGCUUGAAGAAGACAUCGCGUGAGACGUUUCACGCGGAAUCCGACGACGACUGCGCGAUAGGCCCCUUGCCCGAAGAUCAUCCGGCCCUGAGGAACAGCCGCGUGCACGAGCAGUUGGACCUGAGGGCGCGCAGAAUCAGGCACGAAGGCUACUCGGAGGAGGUCGACGUCGGAAACAAACGCGAGGAGUGGAUGACCGAGUUGCCGCCGGCGCAGGCUGCCAACUUAGGAUUGGGCCCACGCAAGUUCCGCAUUAGAGACGGCCCGGAUAUGUCGGAUAGAUCGUGUUGGACCGACACGCCCGCGCAGAAAGUUCAGAAGCAAAGGGACUCGGAGCGGAGAAGAUUUAGCAGCAGUACGGAGGAGUCGGACAAGAGACGCGCGAAAGAAUGUCACAAGAGGGACUCGGACAAGAGCACCAAGCGCGAAAAGUCUCUGUUGGAGAUGCACCAAAGCAAAAUGGCCAGGAGAAAAAGGAAUGAGGAGAAGGAGGCGAAGUUGAGCGGAGGAUCAACGAGGAGGCCGUUCGACAGAGACAUCGACCUGCAGGUCAAUCGUCUCGAUCAGGCGCAGAAAAAGACUAUUCUCAUGAAAGCGCGGAUGCUCGACGACAGAUUCUCACGCGGACAAAUCUGAACGUUCGCCGCGUGAAACGGCCUGACAAUUGCGACAUCGCGCAGCUGAAUUCUUGCGCUGAUGAGCGCGUUCAGAAAUUGGCGGAUGUCGAAUCGAUAUUCGACAUCGUACAGAUUGGUGCCUUGAAUCGGAGCGAGUUCUGUUAUCUCUUUAUUUGUAUUGAAUAAGAGUCUUACGUAAAUGUUUUAGAGAGAGAAAGAACGGAGCGGGGGGAGGGGGGGGGAGAAUACGUACUUUAGCCUAGUUACAUUCAUACUUUUUUACCGUGAUCUACGUAUAAUUUAACACGACACCCUACUACUGAUCGUAUGCGCGCGCGAAAUUUUAUUUCUUGAUCGGCGAGAUCCGGAUCUUUGCGAACGGCCGCGGUUUCGGGCGCGGGAUUUUACUUUCUUAAAAUGCGCGACGUUUUCUCGCGGUUUCUCGAGGAGAAGCGCGAAGUCGUAAUCAGGGACACCUUGUACUGAUGUAAAUUUAUCUAGAUAUAUAUAUAUAUAUGUAUAUAUAUAUAUAUGUAUCAAGCACGAGCCGAGCGUAUUGUUUUAGAUGAAACUUUCCUAACAUCUCUCAUUAUCUCUUUCUUAUAAAGUCGUCUUUUGUAACACGCGACACGACGCGACGCGACAUGUGUGUCACGAUUCAGACGAUUGUAUCUUUUAUAAAUAGCAUUCACGCAACACAUAUGUAUAUAUAGCGUUCUUCUUGUGAUUGUACUGUAAAACCGAUAGUAACGUAACGUAAUGAUGACAGCAACACAACGAUGGUACGGCCAAUUUCCGCGUGCGAGUGUUAAGUAGACACGCCGCUUGUUGUAUUCGUUCGUCGCACGUAUUUUCUAAGCGAGACAAGUACAAAAUAGUGUAAUAUACUACUUAGCACAGAACGUACGUACACACGUACCUCAUGAGACACAUUACAUUGCGAAUGCAAGCGUGAUCAUAAGGUCACGGUACUCUUAAGCGUGAGACGAAAUGAUAUCGCUGAUACCCGUUUACGCUUUCAUGUUUCGCAUCACGUGGGAGGAACUAUCCUUACGAUUUAUACCAUGCAAUAUUUGGGCAUAAUUUCGCCACGAAAUUAUGCAUACUUGAUUGCAUUUCGAUACAUAAAGAUCGAAUAUGUCAAUUAAUACCGACUGUGUAUGUUUGUCCCUCUUUGUCCCGAAUAUUAUAGUAUUAUCCUUCUCGAUACGUCAAUUGGAUCUGAAUACAAAACGUAAACUGUA